AAAUUGGGAAAUGCAGAUCCCAACUCAAACUGCGUCAAAAUUAAAAUUACUCUCCGACUAAACAAAAUCAAAAAAUUCUUCUCAAGCCCUUCAAUCUUCAUUGAAGCGGGAACACUUUUGUCUCCACAGAUUUUCUGGUGCGUUUCUAGGGUUUUUGCUCCCUUCAAAUUUCCGAUUUCAACAAGCUCCAAUCGAACCAUUCUCUCCCCCCUUUUUCCUCUUCGCAGCUUACCAAAAACCCUAAUUUUGAAUUCCGAUUGCGCCACAUUUAGGGUUUUAAGUUUCGCCAGGUGAUUGUUUGCCCUAACAUGGUUUUCAUCAGAUGAGAUGUGAAUUUCUAGGGUUUUUGAGCUCCGGGUCUAUCAAUGGGAGCGCUAACCAGCAACCGUAAGCGAGGGGACGAGCGUUUGAGCUUCAAUUGUGCGCACCCAUCUCUGAAUUUGCCUAAUUUUCAAAGCUCGAAGCGACCCAGAUUGUCUCACGUGAAUCAGAGCCCGAACCAACUCAUCGUCUCUUCUAAAAGCGCCGGUUCGAGGCUCUCUCGGUACCCGGAUAUAAAGCCCCCAUUGCCUAGAGUUCACGCCCCUUGCAGAACACAAAAAUUCGGGUCCUUUCGUGGUUUGAGUCCGAAAACUAGAGGGGUUCCUGAAGAGCGGUCGAUGGGCAAUGUACUGAGUUACCAUUUGGACAAGGCAAAGAACGUCGCCUUCAGUGCAUUUCGGUAUUCGACCAAGGACAAGGAGGUGAUUGAAUUGGAUAAGGAGGUUGAAGAUGAUCGGGUUUCCGAGGAUUCAAGCAUAGAAGAAGUUGUGGCUAUAGAGGAAGAUGACCAAGAAGGGCCUUCUGUGGUGGAUUAUGGGCAGGAAUUGGAUACGAAGAUGGUGGAUUGUGGAACUCAGGCUACUCAUCCAUCGGCUUCUUCAGUGGUUUCAGACUUGACCACAACUACGAAUACUGCUUUCAAAGAGGACAGUGCAGGGAAGAUGUUGGACUCACUGUCGCUGAAUCGUGAGGUGGGUGUGCCAAGUAAGGCAGCAUACAAGCUGUUGAUUGAGAGUGUAGAGAGGCGGACUCCGAAACUGAAACAUUUGGAUUUCCAAAUUGACUUCCAUUGGAAGAAACGGUAUAUGCUUGAAUCGCUGCGUCCACAAAAGAAACCAGUGGAGGUUGUGCCCGUUGAACCAUUUGUCCCUCUUAGAAAGGAGGAAGUGGCGGAGAUUGAGCAAGCAUUUUCUUCCUCCAACCGGAAGAGGAUCUUGGUAACUCAUGAGAACUCAAACAUAGAGAUAACUGGUGAACUUCUGCAGUGCCUUAGACCAGGGGCGUGGUUGAAGGAUGAGGUCAUAAAUGUGUACCUUGAAUUGCUGAAAGAGAGGGAGAAGAGAGAACCACAAAAGUUCUUAAAAUGUCACUUCUUCAACACAUUUUUCUAUACAAAGUUGAUAAGUGGGAAAGGUGGCUAUGAUUAUAAAUCUGUCAGAAGGUGGACUACCGAAAGAAAGUUGGGAUACUACCUCAUUGAUUGCGACAAAAUAUUUGUCCCCAUCCACAAAGAAAUACAUUGGUGCUUGGCAGUUAUUAACAAGGUAGAUCAGAAGUUACAGUAUCUUGAUUCACUCAAAGGAAGGGAUACCCAAGUGAUGAGAAUAUUGGCUAAAUACUACGUUGAUGAAGUGAAGGACAAGAGUGGAGAGGAUAUCGAUUUGAGUUCUUGGGAAUUAGAAUAUGUUGACAACCUUCCUGAGCAGGAGAAUGGGUAUGACUGUGGUGUUUUCAUGGUUAAAUAUGCUGACUUUUAUAGCAGGGAUAUUGGGCUCUGUUUCAAACAGGAACACAUGCCAUAUUUUCGAUCGAGAACAGCGAAGGAGAUCCUAAAAUUGAGAGCAGACUGAUUGUGUCUACGAAGCAAGCUUUUGACAUGCUGUAGUACCAAUCAGGAAUUAGCUAAUGAUAUCAUGAAGUAGGUGUGCCCAUCAAUGUCUGCAUUAGAUUCAUAGUGUUAUUGCCGGUCGUGCCAGUUUCGCAUUUUUUUUGAGUGAUUUGAGAGUUGUCCUGGCGAGGUGAGUCCUGUAAGUCAAGGCUUAUCAGAGCACGAUGCGGAAAUAGUUACUUGUAUAUACAAUACAAGUGGGAACCUUGAUUGCCGGAAACAUAAAUGUUGAGAGCCUGAACAAAUCCUAGACUGCAGGUUUCCUUUUGGUCCUUUGUAUCUUGAUCCAACUGUCGUGAGAAAUAUUUCUAUUUAUAAAACAAAGGUUUCGUUUGUUUUGGCCAA